AUGCAGAUGAUCUCUUGCCCGUCUCGUCCCCCCCGCGAGAUCUACGAUUUCCCUUCCUCCCCUCCGUUACAUUUACUUUCUCCCAGCCCGUCGCACCCGUCGCCACAUUCAUUCCUUCCGCAUCCCUCACCAUGGCACCUGCAGCCUUCGUCACACCGACUUUCUCAACAGCCUUCACGACGGCACGCCCGCAAAGCACGACCUCAUCACGGCCGCUGCGACCGGCAACACGGGCGCCGCCCGCGCGCAUCGUGUGCGCGACGCCGACGACGGAGAAGUCCGGCAAGAAGAAGGCGCCGUUGA